GGCACAAACUGUGAGAAAGUUGACUGCGACGCUGGUUCAUCCACCCGUAACAAGUUUCCAUGUAACGCUCACAACGAGAAAGACUAUUACUACUCUUGCCGUUGUCCAGGAUUCAGAGGCAGCUGUUAUUCACUGUGUCAUCCUGCUGAUUGUAAAGAUUGUGUUGACCGUGGUCAGUGUGUUCAUGGAAAAUAUGAUUCACAACCGGAAGUUUGUGGCUGCGUGUGUGAGAAUUCAUGGUCAGGAGGCAAGUGUGACGAAUGCUUCAAGUAUACACACAGGCAAUAUACAUGUCAGAAUGGCGGAGUCUGGAACCCUAAGCGAUGUGCAUGUGAUUGUCUAAAACAGUGGGCUGAAAAGGAUUGUUCAGUGGACUGUAGCGUCGGGGACCCAACCAAAUUUCCGUGUAACCGUCAUAGCGAAGCUACCUUCGAUUAUUCGUGUAGAAAUCAAUGGAUAUUGAAGAAAUGUCGGCCAACUUGCUACCCUAAGUGUAUGAAUUACCAUAAAACGAAAGAUUGCCCUAACCUCUCAGAACCAUUGGUAUGUGAGAAUGGAGGAACAUUUGACCAAACUUCAUGCAAGUGCCUGUGUAAGACAGGAUAUGCAGGCAAAAACUGUGAGAAAGACGAACAAAGUACAACUGCCAAGCCGACUACAUCUGCCAAACCA